AUGUCUAACCUGAAAGAUUUUUCAUUCAUUGGUGGUUUACAAAAACAUAUUGAAAUUGUAAAAGAAAUGAUUUUAUUUCCUCUUGUUUACGGUGAAUUAUAUUCUAAAUUCAAUUUGAAACCACCAAGGGGAUUGUUGUUUUAUGGCCCACCUGGAACUGGAAAAACACUAGUGGCGAGUGCUUUAGCAAUCGAGUGCAGUAACUCAGAACGAAAAGUUGCAUUUAUAUCACGGAAAGGCUCUGAUUGCCUCAGUAAAUAUGUCGGUGAAAGUGAAAGAAAACUUCGAAAAAUAUUUCAUACUGCUCAACAAACAAAACCCUGUAUUAUUUUUUUUGAUGAAGUUGAUGGAUUAGCUCCAACAAGAUCAAGUCGACAAGAUUUUGUUCAUGCCAGUGUUGUAUCAACUCUUUUAGCACUGAUGGACGGCUUAGAUAAUAACUCAGAGAUAAUUGUCGUUGGUGCAACGAAUAGAUUGGAAGCGAUCGAUCCCGCGUUGAGAAGACCAGGCAGGUUUGAUCGAGAACUAUACUUCCCGCUGCCCUGUUAUAUUGCUAGGAAAGAUAUUUUGUCGGUUUAUGUUAAGAAUUGGAAACAAAAACCUUCAGUAAAAUUUUUAGCAUACUUAGCAUCAAAAACAGUUGGAUACUGUGGUAGUGAUCUUCAAGCUUUAUGUGCAGAAGCAGUAAUGUGUUGUGUUAGGAGACACUAUCCUCAAAUUUAUUUGUCUAAGACUAAAUUGAAUAUCAACGAAAAAUCAUUAAAGGUCAGUUUUAUAAAAUAUUAUUUGUGA